AUGACCAAACCGGUGGUUGCACCGCUGCCCACAGUUAAAGACACAGUUAUUGACAGUACUGCUGUGAUUUCCGAUCAACUUUCUGGGUUACCGGAGUUUAUUUUCAAUGAAGAUAAUAACCAAUCUGACCCUAUGAUGGAUUUUGAGAUAGAGAAAUUUCUAUCAGACGUUCUUGACUCUGAACUUGCACCAGUGUGUGAGUUUGACAUUGGGGUGGUCAAAGGUGGUGAUACUAGCAGCAACACAACUGAACAGUGCAGCUACUCAUCUCCUAAUUCUGAUCAAACUGUGGUGUGCACUGAAGAUAUGUUGCGUAAUUCGGAUCUUGGAUCGAUGGCAACUGCUCUUGAUCCUGAAGUGGAUUGGCUUCAAGAUAAGAGAGAAAAAUAAUAAUUGGUG